AUGAUAACAUUACUUCAAUUUUCUCUUCUAUCUCUAAUAUUCAUUAUAUUCUGGGAGACUCCCAUUGUCAGAGCGAAUAACCGGAAUCUCAGCUUCGUCCUCCUGGUCUCUCUCAUGCUAAGCUUCCUCUGUGUGUUUCUGUUUCUCGGUCGUCCUGUGGAUAUAACCUGCAUGCUGCGUCAAACCAUUUUUGGGAUCAUCUUCUCAGUAGCUGUAUCUUCUGUACUGGGCAAAACUAUCAUGGUUUGCAUCGCUUUUAAAGCUACUAAACCAGGAAGCUCAUGGAGAAUGUGGGUUGGGGUCAAAGUGUCUAAUAUCGUAGUUCUGAUAUGCUCAUCUGUCCAAAUUCUGAUUAAUAUUCUUUGGUUGUGCAUUUCCCCUCCUUUUCAAGAACUGGACAUGCACUCUUACCCUGAAACUAUCAUCAUUCAAUGUAACGAAGGCUCAGUCAUUGCCUUCUACUCAGUUCUGGGCUAUAUGGGGGUUCUGGCAGCUGUUAAUUUUAAUAUUGCUUAUUUUGCCAGGACAUUGCCAGACAGUUUUAAUGAGGCCAAGUACAUCACCUUCAGCAUGCUGGUGUUCUGUAGUGUGUGGAUUGCAAUGAUCCCAGCCUACCUAGGUGCAAAAGGAAAAUACAUGGUGUCUGUAGAGAUAUUUGCCAUAUUAACUUCUAGUGCUGGCUUGUUAGUCUGUAUAUUUCUUCCUAAAAGUUAUAUAUUACUGAUAAAACCUGAGAUGAAUACCAAAAGAUAUCUAUUGGACAAAGAUAAUACAUAUACAUUUAAAUGA